GCAGGUGCAGGGCCCAAGCACUUGGGCCAUCCUCCACUGCCCUCCCGGGCCACAGCAGAGAGCUGGACUGGAAGAGGAGCAACCGGGACUAGAACCUGGGGUGCCAGCGCUGCAGGUGGAGAAUUAGCCUACUGAGCCGUAGCACCAGCAACCCAGUCCUUAUUAUUGGCCAAAGUAAGACACACAACCAACUGGAAUUCACCAGAAGGAGAAAGAGACUUGACUUCUUCAUGGGAGUAUGGCAACGUGACAUUGCCGAAGUCCUGUGCUACGAGAUUUUUGGACCAUCUUUGGAAACCAUCUACCAUACCAGGUCCCAUCUCCACCAGUGAUCCUGCGACAGCAUGCCUCCCAAGAAGCCUGAGCCCAAGAAGGAGGCAGCCAAGUCAGCCCCAGCGACAGCUCCUGCUGCAGCCCCUGCCUCAGCUCCUGAGCCCCCCAGAGAUCUUGCCUUUGACCCCAAGAGUGUAAAGAUAGACUUCACCGCCGACCAGAUCGAGGAGUUCAAAGAGGCCUUUUCUCUGUUUGACCGGACCCCGACUGGCGAGAUGAAGAUCACCUACGGGCAGUGCGGGGACGUGCUGCGGGCCCUGGGCCAGAACCCCACCAACACCGAGGUGCUGCGUGUCCUGGGCAAGCCCAAGCCCGAAGACAUGAAUGCCAAGACGCUGGACUUCGAGACGUUCCUGCCCAUCCUGCAGCACAUCUCCCGCAACAAGGAGCAGGGCACCUACGAGGACUUCGUGGAGGGGCUGCGGGUCUUCGACAAGGAGAGCAACGGCACGGUCAUGGGCGCUGAGCUCCGCCACGUGCUGGCCACCCUGGGAGAGAAGAUGACUGAGGCUGAAGUGGAGCAGGUGUUAGCUGGCCACGAGGACGCCAACGGCUGCAUCAACUAUGAAGCGUUUGUGAAGCACAUCAUGUCUGGGUGAAGCGCAUUCCUCCUGGUGCCUGGCUGACAGCCUCAGCCACGCCAGGGUGAGUUGGCGAGAGGCCCAGAACGAGAGCCUGGACUUAUGCCUGCACCACGGCCCUGAGGCCCUCAGCCCCGCAGCCCUCCCUGUGAAUAAACAGCUCCACCAAGGCUGGGCCCAGCCCCUGACUCUG